AUGGGGACGCCACGCUCCAACGCUACCUCCGUCCUCUCUCUCCGCCCCGGUGUCAACGUCGCCUAUACCCCCGAAGGAACCCACUCGACCCUCCAUAUGCUGGGAGGACUGCUGCUGGGCCUCUUCACGGUCAUCCCCAGCAUCCUCUACUUCCUCAUCAGCUUCGUCACCUUGACCCUCCCAGCAUGGCUCUUCAACUUCCUGUCGACCAGUCUGACCUUCACCAUGAACAUGACGACUUUAUUACUGCUACUGGUGGCCAUCGUCUCGAGCGUGAGCUGGUUCGUAAGGUACCGCUUCUUGAACAUGUACUCCCGGCUUCCACCAGAGCCACAGAGGAAGGAACCGCAGAUCGAGAUCUUUCCAGAUGCACAGGAGACCGAUAGCAAAGCGGGACUGGCCAACUACUUUGAUGAGUUCCUGAGCGCCAUUAAAGUGUUCGGGUACCUCGAAAGACCCGUCUUUCAUGAGCUCACUCGGACGAUGCAAACUCGUAAAUUGAUUGCCGGCGAGACGAUUCUCCUGGAAGAGGAGAAAGGGUUCUGCCUGGUCGUGGACGGGCUCGUGCAGAUUUUCGUAAAGGCUGCUCGGGAUGCCGAGAUGGACUCUAGCAACGAAACGAGCUUUUCCGAAGAAGACCAGCAUGAGGAAAGGAGCAACGGCAAUCGAAGCUAUCAACUGCUAACCGAAGUCAAGAACGGAGCUCCGAUGUCUUCUCUGUUCUCGGUGCUAUCUCUCUUCACAGACAAUGUCAAGCUACGUUUCGACGAGGAAGACGAACAGCAUGACAGUCACGGGUCGAGUAAUAAUCUGAAGCAGCACUUCCAACAGGCCAGGUCUCCUUACCAGUAUGAUGGCGAGACCACACCAGAGUCUGUCCCACAAAGUCCAGCUGCAUGGCAGAAUGGAGGCUCUCGGCCCCCGUCGAGUCACAAGAGGCCCUCGAACGCUGCUGGUCAGUUCCGGGAGCCACCGCCGCUGGCACUGGAUUCGAACAACCAUUCGGAGACCGCUCAGCACCACAGUCGGCGACCGAGCUUCAUCCGGGGGUCAAGCUUCCAGCAGAAAAGGCCCAAGAAGCAGUUCUCUGCUCAUCCGCACAUCGUAGCAAGGGCGACCGUGGAUACUACUAUUGCCAUCAUACCUGCCAGUGCCUUCCAUCGCAUCACGAGGAUCUACCCCAAAGCCACGGCUCACAUUGUUCAAGUGAUACUCACUCGACUACAACGAGUAACACUGUCCACGGCUCAUGCUUACCUUGGCCUGACGAGCGAAGUGCUGCGGACCGAACGCUUAAUGGAGAAGUACACUGCUCAUGACCUACCCGACUUCCUGCGAGGCCAAGCACUAUCACGACUGAAAGACAAGUUCAGAAAGGAUCAAGAACGUAUGGGUCCAGAAGAGAGCAUGAAAGGCAUUGCAUUACACAAUCCUCGUGUAGCCCAGCGAAAACGCCGAGCGAGUAGUAAUCUUCGGCGUGACGCUGCGUUCCAGGCGAGGAUGUCUGUCAGCAGAGGCACUGCUCCAGGCGGAGACCAUGAAGACCGAAGUGGUAUGAGUGCAGGAGAUCUGCUGACGAACAUCCACGCCGCGAGAGGCCCUCCAGGUCGCAAGCGGCAGUUUGGCAGCUUCUCGCAACCUUACUCAACUCCCCAACCAGCGAACGGCGAUGUACACAGUCCCAACAUACAAGACACUCGCAAUCCAUUCAAUGUCGACGCCAGCCCGCGAGCAACAAUGCAUCGCCAGGAGUCCAUGGACGAGGAUGUGCUGUUUCGAGAGUCGAUCAUGGAGUGCAUGGCCAAAGCAGUGGGCCUGACGACCGCACAGAGUACGAAGAGCACCGCGUCUGCCGCUCAGUCCCCAAGACUAGUAUCCUUCGAUUCGAGGAACAAGACGGCGGUCUUUAACAAUAACGCUUUCGGCUUCAUCGAUCCGUAUGAAGGGUCUGGCUCUAUGGACGAUUCGGAAUCUGCUGUUUCGAUGUCGGCUUUCAGCUCAGGCGGCUCUGCCAACAUACUGGAGGACCUCAAGAAUGAACUGGAGAUCGUGUAUUUCCCGAAAGGCUCGGUGCUGGUGGAAGAGGGCGAGCGGAAUCCUGGCCUCUACUAUGUCAUCGAUGGCUUCUUGGACGUCAGCGCAACGGUGGACGACCAAGACAGAGAUAUGAACGUGCUCGGCACAAUGCCAGGAGGUGAGAACCAAGGGGUACCUGAGUUCUUCCGUGCAUCAACGGACAGACGAGGCUCUUCCACGUCGAAGCGAUCGGCUUCUAUGCACGCCAAAGACGCUUCGCGGAAGAAGAGGCAGAGUCGCAAAAGUCUCUUUCUCAUCAAGCCUGGAGGUCUUGCUGGCUAUCUGGGCACUAUCUCGUCCUGGCGGUCCUUCAUCGAUGUUACUGCGAAGACUGACGUCUAUGUUGGCUUUUUACCACGGACGGCAAUCGAGAGGAUCGUCGAGCGACAUCCUAUCGUACUGCUGACGAUGGCGAAGAGGCUGACCACACUUCUUCCUCGCUUGCUCCUGCACAUCGACUUCGCGCUAGAAUGGCUGCAAGUGAACUCCGGACAGAUAGUGUUCAAUCAGAAAGACGAGAGCGACGCAAUCUACAUCGUGCUUAACGGUCGGCUUCGAGCCAUACAAGAGAGUCCGGACGGCAAGAUGGCUGUCAUAGGAGAGUAUGGUCAAGGCGACAGCGUCGGUGAGCUCGAAGUCUUGACUGAGUCGUCGCGGCCAGGCACGCUUGUUGCUAUCCGUGACACUGAGCUUGCAAAGUUCCCAAAGACGUUGUUCAACAGCCUGGCGAGGGAGCAUCCCGGCAUUACGAUCAAGGUCUCCAAGAUCAUCGCUUCUCGCAUGCGAGCGCUGGUGGAGAAUCCACUGAACGACGUCUCUGCUCAUGAAAGCAAGCUUGCUGUAUCCAGAAACCAGGCGACUUCGAACUUCAACUUGCGGACUGUGGCCAUUGUUCCAACCACUGCUGGCGUUCCGGUAGUGGAGUUCAGCAACAAGCUGCACAACGCCUUGAACCAGAUUGGAACACCAAAUGGUGUCACGACGCUCAACCAGGCUUCCAUUCUGAACCAUCUGGGCAGACACGCGUUCAGUCGCAUGGGCAAGCUGAAGCUGUCACAGUACCUUGCUGAUCUGGAGGAGAGGUACGGCUUGGUGCUGUACAUCGCUGAUACUAGUGUCAAAUCGCCCUGGACCGAGACUUGCAUAAGCCAAGCUGAUUGCAUCUUCCUUGUCGGCCUUUCCGAAGGCUCACCCAGCAUUGGAGAAUACGAGCGCUUCUUGCUGACUACAAAGACAACUGCACGGAAGGAGUUGGUCUUGCUGCACGCCGAGCGAUACUGCCCUCCAGGCUUGACCAGAGCAUGGCUCCGCAACCGACCUUGGGUGAACGGUGGCCACCAUCACGUCCAAAUGUCCUACCGCAGCGCCCCCGAGCCUGUCCACGCUCUUCCCAAGCGCUUUGGCAACGCCCUCAAACAGCGCGUCCAAGUCCUCCAAGCUGAGAUUCACAAAUACACCUCCCGCAAAGUCCGCCAGACACCCCUCUACUCCGCUGAAACGCCCUUCAAAGGCGACUUCCACCGCCUCGCCCGCCGUCUCUGCGGCAAAUCCGUCGGCUUGGUGUUAGGAGGUGGCGGCGCCCGCGGCCUUGCCCAUGUCGGCGUCAUCCGCGCGCUCGAAGAAGCCGGCCUCCCCAUCGACAUCAUCGGCGGCACGUCCAUCGGCGCCUUCAUCGGCGCCGUCUACGCGCAAGACGCCGACGUGGUCCCCAUGUACGGCCGCGUGAAGAAGUUCGCCGGCCGCAUGGGCAGCGUCUGGCGCUUCGCCCUCGACGUCACAUACCCCUCGGCCUCCUACACGACGGGCCACGAGUUCAACCGCGGCAUCUUCAAGACGUUCGGCGACAGCCAGAUCGAAGACUUCUGGCUCGACUUCUACUGCAACUCGACCAACAUCAGCAAGUCGCGCUCGGAAAUCCACACCUCCGGCUACGUGUGGCGGUACAUCCGCGCCAGCAUGUCGCUCGCCGGCUUGCUGCCACCCAUGUGCGACGAAGGCAACAUGCUGCUCGACGGCGGCUACGUCGACAACCUGACCGUCUCGCACAUGCGAUCCCUGGGAGCGGACGUCAUCUUCGCCGUCGACGUCGGCUCGCUGGACGACGACCGCCCGCAGGCCUACGGGGACUCGCUGUCCGGGUUCUGGGCGAGUUUGAACCGCUGGAAUCCGUUCUCGAGCUACCCCAACCCGCCGACGUUGUCGGAGAUCCAGGCGCGGCUGGCGUAUGUGAGUUCGGUGGAUGCGUUAGAGCGGGCGAAGAAUAUCCCCGGGUGUCGGUAUAUGCGGCCGCCUAUUGAGCCGUAUGGGACGCUGGAGUUUGGCAAGUUCGACGAGAUAUACCAAGUAGGCUACCAAUACGGACAGCGCUUCCUCGCUGAGCUGCGGGAAGAGGGGGUGCUGCCGGUGAUGGAAGAGACGGAGGAGCGGAGGAAUCUGCGGCGGACAAUGGCGCCGAGACGGGCGAGUAUCUAG